AAGUACUGACCAAAUGACUGGAAUGAAUUGCACCAAUUCACGUUGUAUCAAGAGCACACGCGGACUGAGAUAUCGGACUCGGACUCGAGCAGUGUGAGAUGAAAAGCAUGUUGGUCUGCGGAGUGCGGAGUGAAAGCUGAUUUGAGUUUGUGCUGGGGGGCCUGCAACCGAUGGGAGUGCGGCGUCGCCAGACACCAAUUGCACGAUCCGGGAGCCCGGGCCAGAACCAGAAUGAUGAUCAAAUCUCGAUCGUUGCUUGCCUGACAUUACCGAGACAUACAGGAAAAAACAUCCGAGGUAAUCAGGAAGUGGGUGCUACGCAUGCAUAA